AUGGUGCUUUCUGCGCAGGUGGCGGCGGGCAGCCUGCUCGCCUUGCUCAUCCUCUGGACGCUCUUUGGGAACGUGCUGGUGUGCGCGGCCAUCGUCCGCUACCGGCACCUGCGGAGCAAGGUCACCAACAUCUUCAUCGUGUCGCUGGCCGUCUCCGACCUGCUGGUGGCUCUGCUGGUCAUGCCCUGGAAGGCGGUGGCUGAGGUGGCCGGCUACUGGCCCUUCGGGGCUUUCUGCAACAUCUGGGUGGCCUUCGAUAUCAUGUGCUCCACGGCCUCCAUCCUUAACCUGUGUGUGAUUAGCGUGGACAGGUACUGGGCUAUUUCCAGCCCUUUCCGGUACGAGAGGAAGAUGACCCAGCGGUUGGCCCUAGUGAUGAUCGGAGUGGCCUGGGCACUGUCUGUGCUUAUCUCCUUCAUCCCAGUCCAGCUCAACUGGCACAGAAGUGGGGAUGCUGCUUCUGCCGCUGGGGUCAUUGAGGAUGGGCUCAGUACUGGCUGGGAGGCAGCGGGUGCUUUCACCACCUGGGCAGAGGACAUGAGCACCACAUGGGUGGCACUGGCAGCAAUGACGCCCUCCGACAGCACCUAUGGCAGCAACAACACUGUCCCUGGGUCAUCGGAGAGCUGUGACUCCAGCCUCAACAGGACUUAUGCUAUUUCCUCCUCCCUGAUCAGUUUUUACAUCCCAGUGGCUAUCAUGAUUGUCACCUACACGCGGAUCUACCGCAUCGCCCAGGUGCAGAUCCGUCGCAUCUCCUCACUGGAGCGGGCGGCUGAGCAUGCGCAGAGCUGCCGUAGCAACCACGUUGACUGCCACCAUCACACCAGCCUCAAGUCCUCCAUCAGGAAAGAAACCAAAGUGCUGAAGACUCUCUCCAUCAUCAUGGGCGUUUUUGUCUGCUGCUGGCUGCCCUUCUUCAUUCUGAACUGCAUGGUGCCCUUCUGCGAGAGCCCACCCAGCGACCCCCGGGCUGGGCUCCCCUGCGUCAGCGAGACCACCUUCAACAUCUUCGUCUGGUUUGGAUGGGCCAACUCCUCCCUCAACCCUAUCAUCUAUGCCUUCAAUGCUGACUUCAGGAAGGUCUUCUCCAACCUCCUGGGAUGUGGCCAGUUUUGCUCGAGCACUCCAGUGGAGACCGUUAAUAUAAGCAAUGAGCUCAUCUCGUACAACCAGGACACCGUUUUCCAUAAGGAGAUAGUGACUGCGUAUGUGAACAUGAUUCCAAAUGUGGUUGACUGUGAGGAGAACCGGGAGGACCCUUUUGAUAGGAUGUCCCAGAUCUGCCCCGACCCCGAGGUUGCCACCGACUCUGUCUGUGAGCUGGACUGUGAGGGGGAGAUCUCACUAGGCAAAAUCACACCUUUCACUCCAAAUGGUUUACAUUAAAUUGCAUCCUGCCCUGGUCACUUCUGCUUGGAUUAUAAACCAAAAUAUUAACACUAAAUGGAAAAACCUGCUUGAUUUAUGCUGUAGUUUGGUCAGUCACUUCAUGCUAACUUCAUUUCUCUGUGUAGCGCUUUGCAGGAUGUUGUUACACUGUCGCUGAUGGGACAAACUGACUGCAGCCAUGGGGAGGUUUCAUGGUACAAGUACAGUCAGUCCAGUUGUAGAUGGACGUUGCAUUGUCAGUGCUGAAUGUUGCUACUUUUGCAAACGGGGACUGAUGUCAAGGCUGGUAUAGACAUCCAAUAGCUUAACUUCCGGACUGCUCAUUUCUUCAUGUCUUAUGGUUUCAGUUCUCUUUUUGUUUGUUUAUUGUUUUUCUUUUAAGAUAGAGAUAGCAAGGUGAUGAUUUGGUUGAUUAUUUAAAUGCGUGUUUCUGCCAGAACAGUUUACGUGAAAUCCAUGUUCUCCAGGCGGCGUUGUUGCCUGUGGUAUCCUCGCCAUGUUCCCAGAUGAAUAAAUAAAUGUUACAUUGAU